AUGUCUGACAUGAAGAUGUGUGACAUGGAGAUGUAUGACAUGGAGAUGUGUGACAUGGAGAUGUGUGACAUGGAGAUGUAUGACAUGGAGAUGUGUGACAUGAAGAUGUGUGACAUGGAGAUGUGUGACAUGGAGAUGUGUGGCAUGGAGAUGUGUGGCAUGGAGAUGUGUGACAUGGCGAUGUAUGACAUGGAGAUGUAUGACAUGGAGAUGUGUGACAUGGCGAUGUAUGACAUGGAGAUGUAUGACAUGGAGAUGUGUGACAUGGAGAUGUAUGACAUGGAGAUGUAUGACAUGAAGAUGUGUGACAUGGCGAUGUAUGACAUGGAGAUGUGUGGCAUAGAGAUGUGUGGCAUGGAGAUGUGUGACAUGGAGAUGUGUGGCAUAGAGAUGUGUGGCAUGGAGAUGUGUGACAUGAAGAUGUGUGACAUGGAGAUGUGUGACGUGGAGAUGUGUGUCAUGGAGAUGUGUGACAUGGAGAUGUGUCGCAUAAUGACGUUUGACAUGGAGAUGUGUGACAUGCAGAUGUGUGACAUGGAGAUAUGUGGCAUGAAGAUGUGUGACAUGGAGAUGUGUGGCAUGAGGAUGUGUCGCAUAAUGAUGUUUGACAUGGAGAUGUGUGACAUGGAGAUGUGUGACAUGGAGAUGUGUGACAUGGAGAUGUCUGACAUGGAUAUGUCAUACGGAGGCUAA